AUGUCGGAAACCCCGGUCGGUGAGAAAGCCGACGAUGGUGGUUGUAUUCAUCUGGAAUAUUCUGAUGAUGGUGUUCGUCCAAGCAAAGAAGAAUAUGCACGAGUUUAUAGGAAGAUAGACCUCCGCAUCUUACCGUUCGUUGCAUUGACGUAUCUGCUUUGUUACCUGGAUCGAUCGAAUAUUGGAAAUGCCAAAGUUCUCAAUAGCGAUACUGGUGAUGACCUGAUGACCUCUAUAAAUAUGGACGAUCAUCAGUAUCGAAUUGCUCUUAUGCUGUUCUUGGUAUCUUAUUCGAUUUUCGAAGCACCAAGUAAUAUGGCAAUGAAGACCUUUACCCCUCCAAUUUGGCUGGGCUUUCUGGUCGUUUGUUUCGGCGCCUUAUGUGCGGGAAUUGGUGGGUCCAAGAAUGUAUCCACAUUGAUGGCGCUGCGGUUCCUGUUAGGGGCGGCUGAGGCAGGUGUCUAUCCCGGAAUGAUUUUCUUUUUGACCUUUUGUGCUACUUUAGCUGGCGCCUUUGGGGGUGCGAUUGCCUACGGUGUCGGUCAUUUGAAUGGAUCUGGGGGGUUACAAGCAUGGCGGUGGCUCUUCAUCAUUGAAGGGUUACCAUGUAUUCUGCUCGCAGUUGCUAUCUUUCUAUUUCUUCCAAGCUACCCUGAGAAGGCUAAGUGGCUAACAGCCGAGGAUAUGGCGAUCCUCAAAGCGUCAUUUGGAAAGAAUAUGGCUCGAGGCGACGACAAGCUCAAUUGGGCCGAUGCCAAAGCUACGUUGAAAGAGCCUCGGCUAUGGGUUCAUUAUAUGAUUUACCUUUGUGCUGGAAUAGGCGUUUCUUCUCUAUCUCUAUUUGCGCCCUCCAUCGUGGAAGGAAUUGGUUACGCUGGACUUGAAGCUCAACUUUUUACGAUUCCACCUUACGUCUGUGCAUAUGCCGUGGCACUCGGAGCAGCAUACCUAUCUGACAGAUUCGAGACCCGAGGACUCAUUGCUGCUAUCUUCAGCUUCAUAGCAUUUGUAACCUUUUUGAUUCCUGCUUGCGUCCCCACUCCUUCGCUGCAUUUACGCUACGCAAUGCUUGUGCUAUCUACAUGUUCUGUUUUCGGCUCAUUGCCCGCGUUAUGUGCUUGGGUUUCAGAUAAUGUUCAUAACACCACUGCGUCCUCUCUCGCGAGUGGACUAAAUGUCGGCUUUACGGGACCGGGGCAGAUUAUCGGAGUCUGGAUUUAUCAAGGACAACAAGCUCCUCGGUAUCAGACGGGACAUGCUGUUAAUGCUGCAAGCCAGUUCUUAGCGAUGGUAUUGUCCUUGGGUUUGUGGCUCUUUUACAGACGACGAAAUGCGAAGCUUGCUCAGGAUCAACCUAAGUGGAUUCCGUGA